GCGCGUUAGUCCUCUCAGCAUGUAUCGACGACCAGUUUGUAAUUUAUGUCAGUUACUUGGGCAUUUCAUACGUGAAUGCCCCUUUCGGAAUUUGCCGAACGGUGUUGAGAUGACAGCCAAUAUCCGCAACGAUAUGUUGGGUUCUUCAAACUCUUCUUCAUCUUCAAAUGGGGGUAUUCUUCCAGCAUCGGCACAGGCGGAUAGUACAUCUAAUGCCAUCGUCCCUUAUCAAGCAUCACAGAUUAGGAGCUAUGGUGGUGAUAAUGGUUACUCCAAUGGAGGCGGUUACAACAAUGGAGGCGGGAAUUUCAAUAGCGGUGGUAACUACAACGGCGGUUACAACAAUGUGACCAGUCUGAAGACUGAAAGUGCGCACAUCCGUAACGAGUUCAAGGAUUUGCGAGAUGAGGUUGUGUACAUACGGAAUGAAGGGAAGCGGGGUAGCGUGGCGCUUACCGAGAAGAGUCCACUUGGGGAGCCGUUGAGGGGCAGGGCUAAGACGAGUGAGGCCAUGUAUACUCCGAAGGAUCUUGAAGUAUUGCAUAAGGCGUAUAAAGACGCCUUGGUGCAGAAGGAUUUGGCUCUUCACGAGGCUGAAGUGCUCAAAGAGCGUAUGGCUAGGAUGGGGGCUUCGAAGUAUCGACAAUCCAUUCAAAAAUAUGUCUUGAGAAAGACAACUCCAAGAAGCUUGAAAACAGCCAUGAACGCUGUGGAGAUCGAAUCUAAUGGUGAGAAGGAUGAGCAGGAAGAUGGUGAGGCCAAGGAGAAAGGUCGCAUUACUGUUGACGUGGCGCAUGAUCCGGAGGAAGAGAUGCUCAAGAAAUUCAGGGAGAAUAGAAUGAAGGAAAUCCACGCGGGAAAGAAGGCCGAUCUCGAAAAGUUGUAUGUGGAGGAGGAGAUAUCCUAUAUCAAGCUUGAUCAGGCGAAGACCGAUAUUGUCGAGAUUCCUGCACGGCGGGACUAUGAUGAAUGGUUGAAGACGAAGAAGACUCAUGAUGACGACGAUCAACACCAUGAUUAUGCCACCUCUGCGGAAGAUAUGAAUGAUGAGUGAGAAGGCGCCCUGAGCGUAUCACACUUGUAAGGUUUGGCAUUGUUUUGUCGUGA